AUAUCUCAUAACAUCUCACAUAUGUCUAUGCCAUAGGUUUUACAUUUUCCAUAUCUGUGCAUCAUACCAAUUUAGUUCUGCCAGAGUUUGAAAUGUGUGGUCUAAUCUUAAGACACAUUCCAAUCCACAGGUGUUUGUGUUAUUUCUUAAGGUGCAAGAGUGGUGCUUUGGUUUAUCUUUCUUUGCCAAUAAUUAGUGAUUGAGGAUGCUAAAAAAAAUCUUUGGGUGUAAUCUCUCACUCUCUGUUUAUGCAUAACAAAGAAUCAACCCCCAGAGUUUUGAAGUUGUUCUCUUUGAGGUGAGGAUGCCGAUAGAUAAGAGUUGGAUAUAUAUAAAGAAUCGAUUAUCGGAAGAGUAUUGGAAGGGUUUACAAGGUUUUAUAAACUAUGCAAAAGACUUUGUGAAUAAAGAAGGAAAUAUAAGUUGUCCUUGUAAACGAUGUUUGAAUGGAAAAAUGCUUCCAUUGAAAGACGUUAAGCGACAUAUCUUUGAAUCUGGGUUUGAUGUGACAUAUUCACAUUGGGUUUUUCAUGGUGAGCCACCUGAGAUACCACCAUUUCUGAAUUCAAAUGUAGAAGAUGAGGCAGAGGAUGAAAUGGCUGCAGUAUUGAAUGACAUUGCAAGAGAAACUAGCGACCAUGGCAUAAGAGGUGAUACCACAUAUAAUAUGGGUGAUGAAAUGCCUACUCAAUUUGAGGAUCUAUUAUCUGAGCUUCAUGCGGAGUUGUAUCCGGGGUGCACUAAGGUUUCUUCGCUAAUUUUUUUAGUAAAACUUAUGCACUUGAAAGUACUCUAUAAGUGGCCAAAUGAGUGCAUGGACUCAGUGCUAAAGUUGCUAAAAGAUGUACUCCCUGAUGGUAAUAAGUUACCAACUUCUCAUUACGAGUCAAAGAAAAAGUUGAGCAAAUUGGGACUUGGCUACGAAAAGAUUCAUGUGUGUAAGUAUGAUUGUGCUUUGUUCUGGAAGAGUAAUGCUGAUUUGCAAACAUGUCCAAUUUGCAACACGAGUCGGUGGAAAAAUGAGAGGGGGAAAAACGUUCCAUGGAAAGUUCUCCGUUAUUUUCCAUUGAAGGAUAGAUUGAGACGAUUAUUUGUUUCACGACACACCUCCAAAGAAAUGACAUGGCAUCAAAGGGGUAACUAUAUGAAUUGUAAUUUGAUAGACUCAAAUGAGUGAAGAGUACCAAACACAGCUAGGACAAACAGGGUCAUCAUCUUCAAUAAAUGAGAUUGAUAUUAUGCAUCGGAACUUGAGAAGAUAUCGCGGACGCCAAAGCGGAGUGGGUCCUACCCUAUCAAAGGGUGCAUCUCGACGAGUGGAAGAUGGCGCUACUUCAACGUUCCAAGACCACCGGGAUGUUCAAAUAAGUGAAUUGAAGGCAAAUCAAGAGUUGAUGCAAGCAAAUCAGGAGUUGAUGCUUCGUGCCCUACAACAAUUUAUUCCUGGCUUUCAACUUCCUUCACACAGCUCCGCAAAUGAUGUUCCUUCUACAUCAAGUGCUAACCAACCUUAUCAGAAUCUCGAUGAAGAUGAUCAAGAUUGAUAACAUGGAGUUGAAUAUGCUUUUUACUUGGUUAAGAUGAACAUGAAUUUAUUUAUGUUUACAUUUUGUGAUGUUGUUGGUAACGAUUUAAUGAAACUCCGUUGUAGGAUAACUCACUUUUACUAUGGAUAUUGAAUGAAUUUAUGUGUUGUUGACAUUGGUUGUGUUUGGACAGAUUGUGG